CGGGGCGCGGGCGGGCGCCAUGGGCAACCUGUUCGGCCGCAAGAAGCAGAGCCGCGUCACGGAGCAGGACAAGGCCAUCCUGCAACUGAAGCAGCAGCGGGACAAGCUGAGGCAGUACCAGAAGAGGGUCACGCAGCAGCUGGAGCGCGAGCGGGAGGUGGCCCGGCAGCUCCUGCGGGACGGCAGGAAGGAGCGGGCCAAGCUGCUGCUCAAGAAGAAGCGGUACCGGGAGCAGCUGCUGGACAAGACAGAAAACCAGAUCACCAGCCUGGAGACCAUGGUCCAGAGCAUUGAGUUCACCCAGAUUGAAAUGAAGGUGAUCGAGGGCUUGCAGUUCGGAAAUGAGUGUCUGAAUAAGAUGCACCAGGUGAUGUCCAUUGAAGAGGUGGAGCGGGUCCUGGACGAGACCCAGGAGGCCGUGGAGUACCAGCGGCAAAUAGAUGAGCUGUUGGCAGGAAGCUUCACUCAAGAAGACGAGGACGCCAUCCUGGAAGAGCUGGACGCGAUCACUCAGGAACAAAUUGAGCUCCCAGAGGUCCCUUCAGAGCCCCUUCCUGAGAAGAAGCCAGAGAAAGUCCCCGUCAAGGCCCGGCCCAGGCAGGCGGACCUGGUGGCAGCCUCCUAACUCGGCCUUCUCCCGCGGACUGCAGGGACGCCGCAGGGCUGGUGCCCGCAGAGAGUGUGAGCGUGGCCAGCCCGACGGGCUCCCAGGCCACGGUGCUGACGCACGCGGGCCUCGCUGUCGGUGCCCGGGCGCCUUCCCCAGGGGCAGCUGCUGCCUUGCUCUCCUUCUGGACUCCGUGGCAGCCUCCACACCCUGCCACCAACUCAGCUUCUGAAGCCGUGGCGCCCGUGAGGCCACGCCGGCCGGCCACGCCUGGCACUGGUUGCCCUCCUGUCCUGGCCCCUCGAAGACCUGCAGGCCACUCGCUCUGGGGAGGCCGCCAGACAGCCCGCCUUCCCCUUCGCUUCCGGCUGCUCCCGCUCCUUGGCCAGGCUUCCCGGCCGCCCAGUUGCCACGUGGAUUUGGGGUGGAAGCCUCUCCAUGCUUCUGUGUCUGCAUUUGGGGGUGGGGGGCCAGGAGGGGUUCGUCCCUGCUGGACUGACGGCUCCAGGAGCCCUGACCACCACUCGUCACUUGUGGGUCCUGCUAAGAAGGGACAGUACAAGACAGCCAGCGGGUCCUGCCGGGGUUCCCAGAGGUGCUGAUGAGACGUGUUUGUCCGUGGGACUCCCGUGACUGGAGCUUGGGGACCUGCCGGCCUGUCGGCGCCGAGCUAUCUAGCACCAGGCACAGGCCAUGGGGGUGGAAGUCACUCCCCUGGUUCACGGUUCAUUCUGGAAUUAGACAGGCUCGCUGGGGUUUCACUCCCAACAGGAACAAACAUGAGACCUCCUCAGCCCCCAUUAAAGGUGGUCCCACACCUGCCACCGCGUGGCCUGGGGUCU